AUGGCGGAACACAACAUUGUUGUCUUUGCAGGCGACCACUGCGGCCCAGAGGUCAUUGCCGAGGCAAUCAAGGUCAUCAAGACAGUCGAGAAGCUGAGCCCGACUGCUGGCAAGUUCAAUCUGCAGGACCACCUGCUCGGAGGGUGCUCCAUCGACCAGACCGGCUCCCCUCUCACCGACGAGGCCCUCGCUGCCGCCAAAGCCGCAGACGCCGUGCUCCUCGGUGCCAUCGGUGGCCCUGAAUGGGGCACCGGCGCCGUCCGCCCGGAGCAGGGUCUCCUGAAGCUGCGCAGUGAGAUGUGCGCCUACGGAAACCUCCGUCCCUGCUUCUUCGCGUCUGACGCCCUCGUCGAGUCCUCCCCCCUGAAGGCGUCCGUCUGCCGCGGCACCGACAUGAUUAUCGUCCGGGAGUUGACCUCAGGCCUGUACUUCGGAGAGAGAAAAGAGUACGACGGAACCAAUGCGUUCGACACUACCGUUUAUACGAAACCCGAAAUCGAGCGUAUCGCGCGGUUGGGCGGCAUCCUUGCCAGGAAGAGGGGAGACUCGCGGGUUAUCUCGCUAGACAAAGCAAACGUGCUGGCGACAAGCAGACUCUGGCGUACUGUCGUUGACGAGGUCUACAAGAACGAGUUCCCUGAUCUCAAGGUUGAGCAUCAGCUUAUUGACAGCGCGGCCAUGAUCAUGGUCAAGAACCCGACGCAUCUGAACGGUGUCCUAUUGGCACCCAACUUGGCCGGUGAGCGAAGCCCCUCGUCCACCUCCAAGGCGGGUGAUAUUCUCAGCGACGAAGCGAGCGCCAUCACUGGAAGCAUAGGACUCCUCCCCAGCGCAAGUCUCUGCGGAGUGGGCACUGCAGUGCCUUCUAUUUGCGAACCUAUUCACGGGAGCGCGCCGGACAUUUCAGGCAAGGGGAUUGUGAACCCUAUUGGCACCAUCCUUUCCGUGGCCAUGAUGUUCCGGUACUCUCUGAACCUCGGCCACGAGGCCAAACUUGUCGAGGACGCGGUCCGCGUUGCCAUCGACGCCGGGCUGAGAACCAAGGAUAUGGGCGGCAACACAAGCACCGCCGAAGCAGGAGACCUCAUCGUUGCUGAGCUGUCCAAGAUUCUCAAGGCGUGA